ACCUGCGUUCAACCUCUUAACAACUCGGUCUGCUGGAUUAUAUUUCCUCCGCGACCUUGUGUUUAAGUGUAACAUCUUCCGAACAUCCUGGGAUGAUUUACCCUAGCUGGAUUGCAAGCAGUUUCUAAAUGCUGGCGAGCAGUUAUAUGCUCUCGCACCUGAACUAUGGUUCCGGCAGCUGAAAUUUUGACCUCCCGGCCCGUAGUCCUCUAGAGGACGCAAGAAGCGCGAGCGAUCCAAGGACAUCUGCGUUCGCUAGACAGCGUCCCUAAUCCCCGGCUUGAAGCUGGCCGUUGUGAGCUGCGCAUUCUGUUUCAGGGUGACGGCCUGGACUACUGAUUAGCUAGUUGCAACUUGCUAGAUGGAUCUGGAGGGACCUAGACAUUUGCAGAAGUUCCCCAAGGGGGAGCGAUGCACCGGGUGUGGCUCAAGACGAUGGUAUUGGGAUGAAGGGCAUCGGUAUUGCGCAAGAGGACACCGGGUCGAGGGUAUCAUUCAAUUCGAUUUCGGCGAUGAAGACUACGGCAACACUGGCCGAGUCACCCGCAAGCAGAAACAAGCCAAACAGCGGGAAAAGCAGAAGCUCGGUGGCAUUGCUGCACGCGACCUCUAUUUAGAAUGUCUUCAGUUGAUCCUGAGGCAACAGAUCAACUGGCUCGUCACAACAAAGGGGUACAAGGCCGAGCUCGAGACCGUGGUGCGAGAUCUCUGGGAUCUUCGCCUUCGUGGAAGCACGGCAUUCGAGACGGUCGAUCAUCCCAACUCCACAUCGGAGGCCAGCAUAUCUGUCUUCAGCUCUCAGGAAGCCGCUGCUCAGGACGAGACGCGCCCUCGGCCUUCCCACAAUCGCCGGAGGUCACGAAGCUGGGGCCCAGACAGCGGAGAAUCGUGGCCCACCCCGAAGCUUACGGAUACCCUGGCUCUCUGCUACCUAGGAUGCCUACUGUUGCGAAUCCCUGCCAGGAUCGGCGAUUUUGUGCGAUGGGCGAAGGGGUCAAACAUCAUCUUCAAGAAUGCGCACCAUCAACUUCCACAAGAGAUGUGGGAUAGGAUGCCUGCCACAUACCAGAAGCUAUUCCAAGCCGCGGACUUGGCCAGCUUCGAGGACGGGGAACUACAUUCGUCCGUUAUGAAUCUUGCCCUUUCAUACCACGAGAACUACGAACUGGUCAUGCCACCUGUCAACGACGUCCUCGUGAUCUUGCAAUACGUCCGGGAACUAGCCCUGCCGAUCGAGAUCGUCUCCGUGGCCCGAAGGAUACCGGCCAUCAUGAACCUCAACUAUGCGUUCCCAGUUGAGUCUAAUCGGAUUCGAGCCAUACACCACCCAGAGAUCCUGCUCAUAGCUGUUAUUGUCUUUGCAACACAAUAUUGUUUUCCCUUCGAGAACGUUCCUUUCGAAGCCGAAGGAGACCUUUUGCGAAUUCCCAGGCUUAACUGGCAGAAGUGGCUCGAAAUCAUGGCACCCGCCAUCGGCAGAGCGCAAGAAAGAGAGAGUAUCGAUGUCCGGGCGGCAACAACUGAUAUCACAGCAAUGACUCCCGAGCAGCUUGAUGAAUACUUCGCACAUAUGUCCCUCCACAUCGACAGCAAAGACGAAGAAUUCUUCCUGGCUAAGCUGUUCCCGCUGGUUGAGACCAGGCCUAAACCACCCGAGCCAGAAGAAACGGAGGGCACCAUCGAUCAGAGGCUUCGUGCUGUUCAGCAGAAUGCCGUCAGCUUUGAUAUGGAAGAGUCCGAUGAGGCAGACUUCUCCUCACGAUACUUUUCUUACAGAAACCUCGAAGACCUCCCUGAAGCAGGGAGAGCAUUCUAUGACCUUGCAUCUCAACUAGUCGGGCUUUCAUCCCAGUCACUCCUAAAGGCUGUCAACAUGUUGGAGCUUGUCGUCAGAGCCUGGCGUCGUAGGCACCGAAAACAAGACAUUCCGACAAUUGAACAAGGUACAGAAUGAAGAUAACCAGAGAUGGGGUUGUAAGGGGUUAGAAGCGAGGCUGCAUCUUUUUGGCCUUUUACACAUGUACCACACAGUAUCUGUCUACCAUAUAGAAGAAAUCAAAGGGGGGGCU